CUACCACCACCACCCAUCCACCCUCUCCUGACGACUACCACCUUCUUCACUCCAGUCGUCGAGGCCAAAAUCCAAUACUCGAUCCAUUCGAGAGACAAGCAGUAACGAAUUCUCACGACCACGAACACUAGCACUAGCACCGAUUAGAACGGCCGACGAUGUCAUCGUUCACUACACCCCCUCUCCAAACACCUACCGCGGAUCCCGGCGCGACACAGACGAGCUCGAGCGAUAAUAAUGGAGGAGGUGGUGGAGGAAUUUCGGGCAGCUCGUCGUUGUAUCUCUAUACGUUCCUUGCCACCCUCGUCCUCCUCCUAACCGUCUCCGGCACGAUCGUCCUCCGCUCGAUGCACAUCCGCCGGCGUCAACGUGCCGCCAUCCUUGCCGCUAUUGCGAAUGGGACGUAUGUCCCGCCUACGGACGGGAAUGGCAGAGGCGGUCUCGGCGCCCUACUCCUAGGUGAAAAACCAAAGAUGUACGAGGUCGCGCUGGUGGAUGAGAAAUGGGUUGAGGACGAUAAGUUGGAGAAGCAGGAUUCAGAGGGAGAGUCGGAGGAGGGCGAUGGGUUGAAGAAGGAGAAGGCGAUGGGGUUGUGGGGGGAUAUUACGCCCUUCUCUGCACAAUACCUCACAUCCACCACCACCGCCGACAAUUCAAGCCCCACAUCCGGAAUGACAGCCUCCCAGCUCUCCGCGCACCGGGAGCUCAUGGGCGACGCGCCCGCUACGACGGGCACCGUUUCGUUCUCUAGUAUCGUGGGGUACUGGAGGCCGAGGCGGAGGGUUGAGACUGUUCCUUUACCUGCAUCGACGGCAAUGACGGCAAAUGCACCGGUCACUACGGCGGAGGGCACACAAGAGGAUGGCCAUGGGAAGAAGGACGGGACGGCGCCGGUUCAGGUCGCAGUUUUGAUCUCGAUGCCAUCGCCGCUCCAUCCACAUUCGAGGACGUCGUCGAUAGCGGGAAACGGCCACGAACGGACGAUGUCGGGCGAUACGGUCGAUUCUGUCGCGUUGGGCAAACGGGCUAUCAAGGGUGUCAAUGUUGGUAUGGGUAGUAUGGGAGGGAAGGACGAGGAGGAUAUACCGGUGGUGGAGAUCGGGGUCCUUAGUGUGAGGGUGAAGGAGGGAUCAGGACCGUGACCGUGAGGCUCGUUUCCUGCUGAUUUUUGAUUUGACGGGAUUGUGUACGAGUACGAGUAGGACUGUUCGUGACACGCGUUUGUGACUCUGUUUAGGUUCGUUUGAUUUGUGUGGAUUGUGUGUAUCGUUGUGUGAUUCUACGUUAAACGAGAUUAG